UUCCCUAUCAAAAUACGCAAUCGUACUUUUGACUGCAAUGUCACGAAAUGUCCUUUUUCAUUAUAGAACAGUAUCGGCCCUUUUUUUGUUGAUGUAGUGUAUCAGGUGUAGACAGGUGGCUGCAAAUAAUAUCUUUGCGUACGUUCACUACCGUCUAACUGCCCUAAUUUAAAAUUAGUUGAAUUACCGCUUAAUGCUAUACAGCACAUCCCAUACAAUGUGAUAAUAAAAACUGAUGUGAUGUAGUGAUUUGAUUCUUUUGGAGCGGCCUGCGAUUUGUAUUGUCACUCUAGCUUGUAGGAACUUUGGUUAAAUUUGUAUUGGUACAAUUGAAGAUCGUGACUUGUCAGUGUAGUGCUCUGACAGUAGUUGAAUGAAAUCCGUAAUAAAAUACGAUGUAUGCCAUCGUGUUUGGGGUUUCUCAUUGUCCUUUACAUAUGUAGUAAAGGAUGGCAAUCGCAAGUUGGAUGUUAAGAGGGAGGAGUUCGCGUGCUGGCCGUUCCAUACGCAGUCCACAGGAUAGUGAAGACGAUGUGCAGAUCGACUUCUCCAGAGAUGCUUCUGAAAUAUGCAAGGAAGUUCUGCAUAAUUUGUGCAGAAAAAAAGGUCUCACAGAGGGGAAAAUAUUUAGUUAUAUCAGUGCCCUAGUAAAACUGAUAUCAAAGGUCAAUGGACCUUCAGAGCUUGGGUAUUCUGUGGAACAAUUACAGUGUUGUUUGCGUGUUCCAUUAAUUCACGAGGCAUCCCGUGUCAGAGCAGCAGCUCUGCAGGCUGUGAGGUACACAGUGAAAGAAGAGAAGCAUGUAAGGUCACUGUACUCUCUAAAUUACCCUUAUCUCAUUGCCAGGUGCCUUGAUGUGAACCUUCGAAAUGAUAUGGAAAGGGUCCAGGCCCUGCGCCUUGUGCGCCGUCUUUUGGCUUUAGCACCAGGCCUUUUUCCACCAGCUAUUGUGCGUUCCCUCGUGUCUCUCGCUAAUGGGGCUGUUGAAGAGAAAGAUCAGAUGCUGAGAGCCUGCCUUGCCACACUGGCUGAAAUAUGUGUCCUUAAUUCACCAUUAUUUAUUGAAUGUGGGGGUGUUGCAGCAGUAUCUCGGAAUGUAUUGAGUUGUCAGAUGCCUCGUAUAAGUGAGACACUUUCAGGAGUGCUAUUGUUCCUCUUGAACCAUCCCAGCACACGAAGGCGAGCAAGUAUUUUCCUGUCUACACUAGCAGCUCCAUACUGUGACUUUCAUGUAGAUUGUAGCAGUCGAGCUGCAAACAGUGCAAAAGAAGACAGAGUUUCGAAGUUUGUAAGCAGCCGUUUAGCACUCCUGUCAGUACUUAGGUCAUGGCCUGGUGUCUUGCACUUCUGUCAUCCAAAUAAUGUUUCAGGCUUCCAAGCUAUUGUGGACAUUCUAUAUCUGAGACAGCAAGAGGUCCGAAAAGCAGUAUUGGAACUUUUGUAUGACCUGAUUGAUCUUCCUCACCCUGAAUGGACCGAUGAAUUCAGUGUAGCCUUGGAAGCUGUGGAUCCAGCAAGGCCACAAAGUGGUUGGAAGUUAUCUGAAGGCUUUGUUGCUGCUGAAGGAAGAGCUGUGUUACCACAUCUAUCAAAAGUCAGGCCAAACCUUUCUGAAGUACACAUGGCUCUGCUGAUGUACAUAUUUGUAGAAACAGGCCUUCUGGAGGCUAUUGUUGAAGUUAUUGUUACUUCAGAUCUUUAUAUAUCUGUUCGUGCUACUAUGCUCCUAGGUGUACUGUUGCACAAAGUACAUCUGUUGCUGCCUCCAGAAUGCUGUGACUUGACUCCAGCCUUGCCCAAUCUCCUGUCUCAUGCUGCUAAUACUGCAGAUAAGGUGUGUCAGCAGCGGGCCUUGGCUGCUGUUGCAGCACUUCAUCGUUUGCACUCAUUACUGAGCAGGCGACCUGCUCCUGCCUCCCUCUUCUUGGAUCAGCUACUGCAGCCAGGAAGGAAAUCUCAUUCACGUUCUCUGCAGCCCACACUGAAGGAUUUUGAUGACAUACUUAGAGAAUCUGCUGUUCUCUCAAACAAGGAUGGUUUCUCGUGGAACUGGACAGUUGUCCGUACAAUACUAAAGACUCAGUAUAUUGGGCUGAAGAAAUUAGAAGAUUCCAACUGCCGGACAUUUAUGCGUCGCCUUGUUAAUUAUUUUAAACCAUCCAGCAACCGCUUUAGUAGAGUUGAAGUGGGAAAUAGACGUCAAACUCACAUUUACACAUUGGCCGGUUGUGAGCUUAUAGACUGCUUGCUUGAAGCAGAGGAGCCAGAAGGUGGAAAGCUUUUGCCAGAGUUGCUGGCAGACAUCUGGCAACAUAUUGACGGAAUCACAUCAUCAAAGACUGCACAUGACUGCUUAUUUAGCCCACAAAAUAUGCAGAAUUCAUUAUGCCAGUAUUAUUUCUUAUUUAUUGGGAGAAUGUGUCGUACUAACAGGGGUCAACAAACCUUGGAGAAAGCUGGUAUUUUGCAACAGUUGCUGAAUCUUGUCGGAAACACCAAUCAUGAAUGUUACAUAAAGCUUGUUGUAUCUGGUUUGGACUACAGUCUCGAUGGUAUACCCAGGACAAUUUUGAGAAGAGUUCUUACAAGCACGUCAGAAUCACUUCGCCUCUAUGCAACUCAAAUGAUGACUGUUUUUCUGAGAGCUAAAGUUACUGAUUUUCACAAGUGGGGUGUAGAGAUGCUUGUCGCACAGUUACAGGAUACAUCUAGGAGUGUGUGCCUUGCUGCAGUUUCUGUUCUCAUGGAGGCUGCUGAAGAGGAGGUGUAUUUAGAGGCACUUAUUUCUCAUCGGCCUUCAUUGCUGCAUUUGGGAGACAGAGGGCUUCUCUUAUUUAUUCGUUUCUUCUCUACACCAGCUGGAUUUAGCUUAUUCCAAGAUGACAAUGUGGUUUCCAACCAUCUUCAUCAUUGGUUUACUAGCUACAAUUACAGGUAUGUUGGUGUCAUUGAGGGCGAACUGCACGAUUCUCUUACCUUACAUAAAAGAGGAGAAGAUGGGCGUUAUGUCCGGCGGAUCAGCAAUGUGAAACAACGUGUUGCUGAUGUAUAUGUGCCACCGCAUCUGUAUGGACAGUUAGCUCAACAUGAAGCUGGUUUUAGAAUGCUUCUGGAUGGGGGUCAUUUGAGCUCCUAUUUUCAGAUUGUUCACGUGCAGAAUUGCAGUACUGAGAAAGAAAUCUUGGAGUUGAAAGCAGCAUUGUGGGUAUGUGGACAUGUAGCCACAUCAGUAUCUGGCUUAUCACUUCUAUCAGAGGAAGGUGUUGUGCAAGCAAUAGUUAAAAUAGCAGAAACUUCUGACGUUUACUCAAUUCGUGGUACAGCUGUCUAUGUUUUGGGACUGAUUGCAACAACAUUUCAUGGAGCUAAUGAACUACGAAAAGCAGGUUGGCUUAGUGUAAGACAUGACAGGCAUGAACGGUGGCCAGUUAUUGAAGAGCAGAUAGAUAUUGAUCUUUGCUCAUCUAGUGAAGCUGACUCUGUUUCCACCUCUAGUAGUGCUGUGGAUAUGGAUUGCCAAAAGAACUUUUUCAUCGAUGAUGAUGAAAUAAGUGAAGAUGAAGCUGCAGUAUUGUCUUGGAAUGACAGCUCAGGAAGCAGUGGACCAAGGACAAGCAAGCCAACAAAUAUUCCACAGCAGAAAUCGCAAACACUUCCUCAUUGGCGACCACCACGUCAUGUGCGCAGCAUGAGUGAGUGCAAGCAAUCAUCACCAGUGUGGGACCAGGCAGAUACAAGUGAUCGUGUUCAAAAGCUGAGUCCAAUACCCAGUUCCACUUCACUAAAUACACUUAAAUCAAGCAAUCAGCAACGGAGAAAUAGCCAUAUAAGCUACCGAAAGCAUUCUACACAAGGCAGUGUAUCUUCAGAGGGUGUUGCUAGUUCUCCGGAUGCUACCAGCUCAAAACUAAGUCAUCAAGACUUGCAAGGCUAUGCUACUUUACGCUCACUGAAUCGGUAUCGUCUUCCAUUUUAUCCUGACUCUACAACUCUUGCUGCGGAGGAGUUGCUUUAUUUUGAAGAAUUUAAAGGCAAUACAUCACUGUUGCUAGCUCUUCGAAUGAGAAGUUCAAGCAAUCAGUUUUCGCAACAAUCGUUGUGUGAAUUUGAAGCCAGUAUGCCACCUCGUUUAGGUGGUGUCCCUAGCUCAGCAUCGUUGGGCUCCAAAGGAUACUUUCCGAAUUAUUUCAGUAUUGGUCGACAAACAGGCCCAUCCAGACAACAUGAUGAAACUCGCCAAUGCUAUAUGGGUAUCAGCUUACCACAACAAUUGAGUGUUCUUUUUCCAACAGAAGAGUGUCAUUCACAACAACACUCUGUAGCAACUAUGAGGCACAGGUGCUCAGUGUCGUUUAGUGAGAUGGAUGAAGUUGCAGAAACAGAUGAACCUGUUGGAGCAGAUUCAUUGUUGGAAUCAUCUUCAUCUUCAUCAGAAACUGAAGACUUGGAUGGUGGCUUAAAGGAGAUGCAGAAACCUGUGUCCAAACCUUACCAUCAUCUGUCAGCAGCAUGUUUAGCCUGUUGUCGCACUAGAAGUAGGAAAGUUUCAUCGAGUUCGUAUCGUCACAGAACAGAUACUGAAAGCAGCUGUGGUGGAGCUGAUAGUCCAGUUAUUUUAAAUCGUAAAGGCCGGACCUGUAAUGCUGCUAUGCUGGUUGCUAACUCAGGUGGAAGUGUGGACAGCAACACCUAUUUGGAAAUACCACCAACCCAACAAGAAGAAGAUGAAGAUAUUGUCUUGAGCAAAUCCUUCGUUCGGAAACAAAUCUUAAAAAACAUAGAACGUAUGAGCAACCCAGUGUGGACCAAGAUAUCAAAGCAAUCUUUGCUGCAAUUGAAACAAAAAUAUCCAGCAAGUUUCCAGGAUGUUUGUCUGUAUUCAGAAGUAUCCUAUAAGUUGGCCCAUUCUACAUAUCGUCUUAUGGCACGGCGUUUUAUCCAAGAACUUUUCCUCGACUUGACUUUUGAUGUGUUAUACGAGGAACCAGUUGCAAUUCUGUCAUCGCCAGCUUUAUCAGUACAUUCGAGAGACGAUCCAUCACUAUCCCUACUUGCUAACAAGGAUGCUAAAGAUACAGAAGACAUCAUGUCAUCUGCUUCAACUCCGACAGUAUAUGUCAGUGAUGUUAGCAAUAUUACUGACAAGUCAAAUUUUCCAUUUCCAGUGGGUUACAGAAAUGAGAACCAUCCUACCGGAGAUACUAGUCAGAAACUGUGUGUUGAUAGUGUUUCUCUCUGUGCAGCUGGUGAUGAACCAAAUGUAUAUCUGGAUUCAUGUAGUGGUACAACAGCUUUGGUAAAUGUGUCUCAACAAAGUGAAUGUGUAAAACAGUUAACGAGUGAUGUGUUGUCAGGAGUUAAGUUUCCUACUACUCAGUAUUCUGUAAAUAAUAGGCUUGGACUCGAGUCACAAGCACAAAUUCAGCAGUAUUCAGGGCCCUUACAUCAGGAUAAUGGGGAUAUACCAAUGAUAGAUGAAGCUAUUAAUUUUACCUGCAUUGCAUCUACUGAAAUAUCACGAACAGAGGGAGGUUGUGAGCAUCCAGAUUUGUAUAAGGCAAGGAGUUCUUUGUCAAAUAGAAGAGGUAUUACACUGCCAAAAGUAGGUAUCAUUGGAUCUGGAGUACAUUUACAGAAAUCUGCUAUAGAAGUAGAUGAACUGCUUGGUACAGGCAAUGCUUCCUUACGUAUAAAUGGUGAAGACUGUGCAUUGGGAUCUUCAAGACUAUCAAAUGUUAUUAAAUCUGAAAACUGCAACGCACCAUCCAGUGACAAAACUCUGUUGACAAAGUUAGGGGCCAAAGUCAUUAAAGAAAAAGAGAACAGUAGGAAUGGAAACAGUCCAGAGAAGUUGUAUGAUGUUAAUCAAACAACCAAUGAGACAGCCAAUCUUAGCUCAAGUUCCUGUGAUCAUCUAGACUCCACAACUAACCAGUCUCCUUCAGAAGCUGUGAUAUUGGACAGAGAGGCUGGGCAGUCUUCCAACAAAUCUCCAACACCUACCUCUUCCUCUUUUUUACCAUUAACAGGCAUUAACAAUGAUGUAAACGAAGAUAAACCCACAGUGGUUAUAAGGCAGCGUAAAAUUGCAACUGUUUUGGCACCUAAUAUAUCACUCACAAAUUUCAAUUCAAGCAUAUUUUCAUCAGCUGAUAAACAUGAAGACUCAAAUGUUCCUAAUGACAUAAGAAGUAAAACAAGUGCUGUAACUGAAGUCCUCAGUAACAAUACAAAAUGAUGGUAGAUGAUUAUGUGAUCCACAACUAAACCAAAGUUCAGGAUGUUUUGUGCCAUUCGAUUGUCUUUCAAAAUAUAAAGAGCAGAAAAUUGUUGACCUCGGACAUUAAAAAUAACUGUUCAAGGUUUUCCUCUUUGUAAAUCAACUGGUACUUUCCCUAUGAAUUACCUGAAAGACAAUUGUUCCAAACAUUUGAUUUUUAAUUUUUUAGAUCUGUCACUUUAUAUGGUGAAUGGAUUAAAACCUGUGAUAUAUUACAUAAGUGUGAAAAUCUUUGGGGGAAAAUGUACCAAUCAAUUAAAAUUCUGUUUCCUGUUAAAAAUGCAAUGUGGCCAAAAUUGUCAAAUUGUAGCGACUGCAAAAUAUUUUUAGACUAUAUUUAAUAUUGAGUGGUGUGUACAAAACCAAUAUUUAUUUGCUGUGGAAAUUCCUGUUGUUCAGCUAAACUUAUUUAUUGCUUAAGUUUCUAAAUAUGUAAUAUUGUUAAACAAUUUAAUUUUAUUGUUUGAGAAACAUUUUACUUCUGCUGACUGUUUUAUAAUAAAUGCGCCUAAGAAAUAGACUGUAUAUGAUUCUAGUCAACCCAAGUAAUUAUUGUAAUAACAUAAAAAUUGUACUUAAUUUCUGUUGCAGUGUGACUUCAGAUACUGACAAGAGUACUGAAACUGUUUAUUUGUAAUAAAGUCUGCCCAAUAGGGCAUCUCUCCUAA